AUGGCGAGAGACGUGUUUUUGGUACUUCUGAUAUUUAGUAUUGUUCAUCUUCAGUAUGUGUGUGGCAGCCUGGUAUGUGAUAACCAGGUAGUUGAAUUAGAAGCUACAAAAGAACAGAAGCAACUAGACUUCCCAGGGAACCAAAAUGUCACAAACAAUGUGUACCAUUGCCAGUGGCGACUGAUCGCUGAAGAGAAGGAUUACACAAUACAAGUGGUGAUGCAAUCAGUUGUCAUCAAUCAUGGAUCUAACUGUUCCAUGUCAAGUCUCAGCUUAUAUGACGGACAUGACUCUACAGACUACCUCCUUCGUCAGGAAUGCAGCAACAGGACAGAAAACAUGGUUGUAAACAGUUCCAAUGAGAACGUCUAUAUUGUAUGGUUAUUACCUGCGGGGUUGACCAACUCUAAUACAUUUACCAUUGCGUAUGCAGCUCGGGACAAUGGAGGUAAGACUCACAAUUUUACCAAAACAAGUCACGCUGGUGUCAUUGCUGCAAUAAUCUUGGUCAUCGUCUUCACUUUGUCUAUCGUCAUGGCGGUUGUUUGCUUUUUUAGAAACAGAGCAAAGAUGGAGAGACGAAAUGUACGUCAGCAAGAUAGUUAUAUUCGACAAAGAUAA